CUAUUCCUUUUCGUACAGUGGGCUACAACGGCAGGUCUCCUAAAAACCUGUGUCCGCCAUUUUCAUUUAAACCACUCACCACUCCGUCACACUCUGCUCUGCACCCACAAGAAGAUGAAAGAGCUCGCCGAGCAAGAACUCAAGAUCCUCGAAGCUCAACACCCGACUCGAUUUCAACUUCUGAAGCUCGAGCUCAAAGCAUUCAUACAACUUUUCGAUGAAGAAGAACAACAACAAUCUUUCGAACGAAAACAGCAGCAGCAGCAGCAGUUUCAUCUAUCUAUCCUCACUCAAGAGUCGUCAAGUAGGAAACGGGAGAGGAUGAAGGUAGAGAGGGAAGAAGGGAAGACGAAAAGAGGGAGAAGAAGAAGAGCAGAAGAAGGAAGAAGUGGCGCCAUUCAGAAAGCUGAAGCAUGUCUUCGAAAGAUCGAAGCUUUAAAGUCUCUUUUUAGGUCUUCUAAUGGAUAAUCAACCAUAGAUACAUAUGAAUGUGGAUUUUGGUGCAUGUUUUUUUGAUGGGGUUUAUGCCACUUUUGGACUUUUGGUGUUUGAAAAAGGUAGACAGUGAUAUAUUGGACCACUCUGGUGUUUGAAAUAGAAAAACAGUUGAUGUAUGAAAUUUAGUGAUGUAUUUUUGAUACUACUCUUUGGUCCUUUUAAUUUCAGUUAUGUAAUAUUUACCUAAA